CGCGCCGCGCUCUCCCACCACCACCACCACCGCCCUCCCCUCUUCCUGCUCCUCCUCCUGACCUCCUCCCGUGUCCCUGUUCCUGCGCACGGCGGGCGCGCCACCUAUAAAUCCCUGCGCCCGCGCUCCACACCGUCUCCAACCCAACAACCACCGACCGCGGCUAACUGCCUUCGCCUCGCAUCGCCUCCGGCAGUGUCUAGCUAGCUAGCUUGCUAGCUCAGCUCGUCCUAGCCAGCCAGCUAGCUGCAGUAGCUUGCUAGCUAGAUCCCCGCGACAGCGACCGCGCGCACUCGCCGCCCGGCCCGCGCCGCGCGUGUAUAUAAGCGCGCCCGGUGAUCCCGAGCUUCACCAUCCCGCUCCCCGCGCAGUAAUCUCUUCUCAGCUAGUAGUAGUAGUGCGCGCGACGCGAGGUCCAGAAUUGAGCUCGUCCGCUAAUGGAGGUCUCCGCCAGGACCGCCGUUGCACUGCUCCUCGCGCUCGCCGUCGCCUCGGGGUGCCUCUGCGGCGGCGCGCAGGGCCGCCGCCACCGCCACACCAAGCACACCAGGCACAACUCGGCGCACGCGCGCGCGCCCGCCCAGGCCCCGGGCCCGGCGAGCUCCAGGAGGCACGCGCCUCCGCACGCGCGCCCCGUCUCUCCCCCGGCCCCACCGCCGUCGUCGUCGUCUGGGAGCGGCGGCGCCUACCCGACCCCGGGCGCGGCGACAGAGCCCGCGGCGGGCGGCGCGGCCGCCGUGUACGACGUCGUGAAGGACUUCGGCGCGGUCGGGGACGGCGUGGCGGACGACACCGACGCCAUCAAGACGGCGUGGGACACCGCGUGCGCGGACGACGGCGACGGCGUGGUGCUCGCCGCCGCCGGGUACUCGUUCCUCGUGCACGCCACCGUCUUCACCGGCCCGUGCCAGGGCAGCGUCACGAUCCAGCUCGACGGGACGAUCGUGGCGCCGAGCGACCCCGACAAGUGGCCGGCCAACACCAAGCGCAACUGGCUCGUGUUCUACAACGCCCACGGCACGACGCUGCGCGGCGCCGGGCUCAUCGACGGCAAGGGCCAGAAGUGGUGGGAGCUCCCCUGCAAGACUGACAAGGGCCAGGGCGGAUCCAGCGGCCACGGAGCAUCCUGUGACAGCCCAGUGGCGCUCCGGUUCUUCUCGAGCAACAACGUGAAGGUGCAGGGCCUGCGGGUGCAGAACAGCCCCGAGUUCCACUUCCGCUUCGACGGCUGCCGCGGCGUGGUGGCGAGCGGGCUGUCCAUCAGCUCCCCGGCGCAGAGCCCCAACACGGACGGCAUCCACAUCGAGAACACCCAGGACGUGCUCGUCGCCGACACGGCCGUCUCCAACGGCGACGACUGCGUCUCCAUCGGCGCCGGCGCCCUCAACGUGCGCAUCGAGAACGUGACCUGCGGCCCCGGCGGGCACGGCAUCAGCAUCGGGUCCCUGGGCAAGCAGGGCUCCCGGGCGUGCGUCGCCAACGUGACCGUGCGCAACGCCGUGAUCCGGCGCUCCGACAACGGCGUCCGGAUCAAGACGUGGCAGGGCGGGUCCGGGUCCGUGUCCGGGGUGGCGUUCGAGAACGUGCGCAUGGACGCCGUGCGCAACCCCAUCAUCAUCGACCAGUACUACUGCCUCUCCCGGACCUGCGAGAACGCCACCACCGCCGUCCUCGUCUCCGGCGUCUCCUACGCCGGGAUCCGGGGCACCUACGACGCGCGCAGCCCGCCGAUACACUUCGGGUGCAGCGACGCCGUGCCCUGCACCAACAUCACGCUCGCCGACGUCAAGCUGCUCCCGGCGGCGGGGCAGGCGGUCGACGACCCGUUCUGCUGGAACGUCUACGGGAGCGCCGCCACGCCCACGGUGCCGCCAGUGGCGUGCCUCAUGGACGGCGCGCCCGGUGGCCACGCCGACAAGAGCAGCUUGAAAUGCUACUGAUCGAUGCAUGAUUAACUAGCUACUACUGGUGAUGAUGAUCCGAUCGAGGUCAUCGUACAGUCUACAAAUCCUGCUGCUGAGUGCUGCUACUUGUUUAGGAGGAAGUAAAACAGUCAACAGACAGAGAAAAGUAAGAUUAGUGCAGAUAAAAGAAGGUUAAAGCGUGAUUACUUAUGUAUAUAUAGAAAAGAAUUAAGAUAAAGGUAUAAUAUAGUAACAAGCAGGGAUUUGUGUGAGUAUUACCGGAAUGUAUACACAGCAUGUAUAGAAUGCUUGGUGCCAUGCAUAUAGGACACUUGCCGCACAUGCAUGGCUCCUGGCCCCUGGUGUGGGUCUGUGUUCA